CAUGUUUAUUUUAAUAGAAAUCGGAAACCAAGAGCAAGAUUCACGGAUUAUGAAGGUUCCAGUACAUCUCACAGUGAAACAGAACCCACCACAUGUGAUUCACCCCUAAGUGGACACCCUUUAGGGGUAAAGAUCGCCAAAAAGCCACCAGUAGGAGGACGCGGAGAGGGAGGCAACACGAGAGGGAGACCAAGGAGAACAACACGCAAAUGAAGGAACUGGUCUUUAAUCUGUCUUCCAAGCCUCUCACUGAUAUGGAAUACUCAAUUUUAUCAAAGGGACUAUCUUUUAUUCCAACGGUGAGGCAUGAUGCAUUCCAGUGGAAGGUGGACACCUUUAAAUUUAAUCGCUCUUUACGACUACAGGAACAUUUCGGAGUUGAUCCAGGUACAUCUGCGACUAAAUGUACAGUAUGAUUUCUCCUGCAAGUUACCAUGUCUGCAACCAGUCAGUGACGGUAAAUGUCUCAGUACUGGUUGCUUUCCAAAAGCCACGGGAAGAGAAGGUGCUGUGCAUGGGAUGGAUCCCCUGGAAGUUGUGCACCAGAACGUUUUACCAAACCGAAUACCGGACGAUGUAUGUACCGGAGACCACUAUUGUUAAGCAGUGCUGUGAAGGGUACGAGCUUGUGGGCCAUUACUGUGCCAUGUCUAUGGAGAGAUCUAUCUCAUACACCUCAAGACCUGGAAAGUGUCCCAGUGCUAAUGAGAAGAAUUUGGGCUUCAAGUGCACAUUGGACUAUGAUUGUCCUGGACUCCAGAAAUGCUGUAUGUCUUCCAAUGGGUCUUUCUGUGCUUCUCCGGGACCUCUAGCUCCGGGCGGGAAUACAAUGUACUGGUACAACGGAACAAUCAGUAUAAAAAUGGCCUUUGAUGAAUUGAUUCGAUUAGAUGCGGGCUUCGUCAAUCACACAAGAUUGCUACACUCAAUGGUAACUGGAGAGCUGUGGCCACUAGAGGCAGCGGUUUACCACAUCUCUACCAGGCCUGCAGGGGCCUUCUCCGUCCUUUCCCACAUCCUCAUUGGACUGAACGAGUCGCAUUCACUGCCGGACAUUACAUCGAUGCUGAGCAGAAUCGUGACUCGUUUACCAGAAGUGAUCGACAUACAGAUAGCCGAUGUGAAUUCUCAAAUGUACCCGGAUCCAGGCGGCUGCCCACCAGGUUCCUACAACUGCAGCAGUGAGCACCAACCAAACUCUACCAAAUCACCUCCAACCAGACCAGAUAUUGUUCCAGCUCCAAAUCCACGUCACUUCCCUGGCUCUCUGAGACUGUUCCCAGCUACAACCACGAAGGGUAAAGCAGUGGCACCCUCCUGUUAUUGCGCCACCUUUCGCCACCUCACUGUCACUAAUGUGACUGGCAGUGGGUUUCAGAUACACUGGAAUACCGAUUGCCCGGACAAUUACAUGUAUAACAUAGAAAUUGGUUCAUCAAAGGGAUAUCACUGGAAUAAUACAGUCUCUGGCACAUGUCUGAACAUAAGUGGGCUCAAUGCAGGGGAAUUAUACUUUGUGCGCGUCACGUUCCGCGACUGCGACGGAUUGGAGCAGACAUGGCAGGAAAGAGUAAAAACAGACGCAAAAAUACUCAACGGAACCCUGAAGAUCCAGAACUGGAACCUGACAGAGUCUCUGCUGAACCCUAAUUCUACAGAUUAUACAGAAUUUGUGAAGAAAUUUGAUUCAGCGGUGAAACAGUCGUUAGCUAACGAUAUCCCCCCGGAGAGGUUGACAGUCGAGGUUCAGUCAUUGAGACCUGGGAGCAUUAUUGUCAAUUUCCAAAUAAUUGUCAACGACUCCGGUAAUCCGGUCAACCUCACAGCAUCAUCACUGUCGGACUUCAACCAGAGUGGGGACUUUACAGUGGAUCUGAAAUCUAUUACUGUCACAGAUUUCAACGAGUGCCUGUCACCGUCAGAUAACGACUGUCACCUGCACGCAGACUGCAAGAACCUGGAUGGGUCAUACACCUGCGAAUGUCACACAUCAUAUGUGGAUGGGGACCCCAGCAGACCUGGGAGGACUUGUGAGGGUCUAAUGAGCCCAUCAAGCCCACCUUGGACAAGCGCAGGUCCCGGGAAUGACGUAUAUACUACAAGCCCUAUAGAUACAUCACCCCCGACAAUCUCUGCAACCACAACUCUAACAGCAGUCGCCACAGAAACACCUCUGAUACUUUCUGCAACCACAACUGUAGCAACAGCUGCCACAGAAACAUCUCUGAUACUUUCUGCAACCACAACUACAACAGCUGCGGCCACAGAAACAAGCACGAUCUUCCAGGGAGCAACAACUCUAGCAAAUCAUGUUACAACCACUGCGCUUGUAUCCGCAGGUCUCAGUACAAGCCAUUCUGUAUCCAGUACAGCUGUAACAUUAUCAGCAGCUCCUUCCACUCCAGAGAACUCAACAGAACAUAUUCCCAUACACCCAACUACCCACAAGACUGUGUUAAGUGCAAACGACUCUAUAGAUCGCAGUACAGCUGUGCAAAAACCUUCAGUUGCGAUCAGCAGCACUGUCCACUCUGUUACCGAGCACGGAACAAUUCACUCAUCCACUAAGGAUAAGGGCAUCAGCCCAGUGGUCUCUGUGACAACAGCACAUACAGCAACCAGCAACAUUUCAUGUUCUUUUCCAGGAAUGUCUACAGUUUCCAAUGUCGAAGCCACCAGUGCCCCCUUUCUGUUACCCAUAAGCACUAAGAUGACGACCCACCAGAUGUCCCCCAGCCUGACGCUGAAAGAUGCCAGCAAGGUGGUGUGUGAGAUGGGGAAGAUCGGAAUCGCCAUAGACAAGGACUUUCUGAAGGUGAUGUCCAUCACCAGCCAGUCUCUGUUCCUGGGGAGCCCCAAGUGCUCUGUGAACUGCAGCACGGACAUCUUCAUCCUAAUACAGGCCGGCUGGAAGGAGUGCAACACCGAUGUCUACAGUAACACAACUCAUACGGUGGUAAACUCCACACUGUUCAUCGACCUGUCAUCAACAUUCCAACACAUGACUCCAAAGCCUAUCAGUACCAUCCGUUGUGUGUUCAAGAACGACAUCCUGUGGUCAAGCGGAUACAACCCUGCUGGAGGAUUGUACACCAUCAUUGAGAAACUAGAAGGUGGCGGAUCAUUUUGGCCAGAAUUUCAGCUGUUUAUUGGGGACCAGCCCAUCCCUGCCAACUUCACCCUCUCAGCCACUGACGACAUCACCGUUCAGAUCAGGAUAAAGACGGAGGAGAGUCAGUAUAAAGUGGUCAUCAAUGAGUGCUGGGCAACCCCCACCGAUAACUCCAAUGACCCAGUGUCUUUUCCCUUUAUCAAGAACAGCUGUGCUUUGACAAACACCUUCACCACCAUCCACACAAAUGGCAUCUCCAGCAAUGCGACAUUUCAAACAAAGAUCUUUUCCUUUGUCAACAACCCCAUAGUUUAUCUGCACUGCCGGCUUCAUGUGUGCAAGGAGGAGCCACCCACAACCUGCAAACCGUCGUGUAGCAGUUUCCGCACUGUACCGAGUGGUGAAAAUGUCUUUACUGGUGUUACCAGAAUGGGACCCCUGCGCCGCGCCGGCCAGCCGAAUGUUUUAGACUCACCAUCGCCAGCCGCUCUGGGCCCGGGAUACAUCGCUCUCAUUAUCAUCGGUGUGUUUGCGCUGGUCGCCAUCACGGCGGCCAUUUUGAUCUGCUGGCAUAAAAGAAGAACUGGAAACUACAACUUCAAACUUAAGUGUAAAGAUGUUGGGUAUGAAGUGUUCUCCAACUAGACACGGCAGCAUCAUUAAAUCUCAUGUAAUACACACAAUACAGAUUUAUUCUGUGCUUCUCAGCCAUGUUAUUCAUCAGUCAAAGUUGUAUACUGACAUUACCUUGGGAAGGUGGCACACCAGACCUGUGACCUGCAUUGGACACAACUGAGGACAAUUGUGUGUCAUAUCUCAGGGCAACAAAAUAAAAUGACUCUGACUGAUGUUAUUAAGGCAUGGCUGGAAAGCACAGAAGGAAACCUGAAUGGAAAAAGCUAGGAAUUUACUGGAAGACUCAGAAGGACGCUUGUUGCCUGAACAAAUCUGUUUAUGUGUAACGGGAGAAGGAUGUUUUCAUGCUUGUGAAGGUGAUGUCAUACGUAUUCAUUUACAUGUACAGUAGCAGCUUCUGUAAUCUGUGCGUCACCAUUAGAACAUAUCUCACAGUAAGUGACUACGCUAUAUAAUGAGAGCAAGAGGGAAAUGUAUUAUUGGCUGUGUUAUUUCAUCGCUAUGGCAUCUCCUGUAUAACCGCUAAUCGCAGUGAUACAUAAUUUGAUAUUGCUGGAAUGUAUCAGAGGUCAUGCAAUAACUGGCCUCUCUCUAGACCUGUGCCCACCAUGCUGAGACAAUACAUAGGGCGGUAUCCAAUUACCCGCGGUCAUUGACUGCAGGUAAUUGGUUCACCGGGGGUUAUCCAAUUAGCUCCGAUACGGCGGCGCGAUACGCGGCUUAUCAGAGAUUUUGUUUCAACUGUCUCAGGCAAGCGAAACGAAAUCUCCGAAAACAGCAAAACGAGGCUGUUUCUAAUGAAAACCUAUACAGUCGGUUUCGCUGACUUUCUUCGGUUGCAGCACUCAGAUCUGCAGUGCAGACAGAAGACGUCUUUUUGUUCUUCAGAACCAUCGCAGCUGCUACUUCUAAAGCUGGGUACACAGUGUUACGGCGGAUCGGACCGACAUAUCGCUCGCAGCGGCGCAUAUCCAGCAGUGUGUAUGCCCGAUAUGUGGGUGUGCGCAGUUGCUAGCGACAUCGCCAGGUUUGAUGGGCUAUGUCUUGUAGUAUGCUGAUGAAGGACGGAACAUAAUUGUUCCAUCCUUCAUUAACAUCGCUCAAUGUGUACCCAGGUCCCGACAUGUCGGCGAGUCGGGCUGACAUAUCGGCUGGGUACUCAUCGCUCGAGUGUGUAACCAGCUUUACUGUACAACAAGGAAUCAGGGCCAUUAUGCCAGCUGUGGUAUAUCGUCCUGCAAUAGGGCACUCUAUAUACUGUAUUGAUAUGAAUGAGGGCAAUAGGGGUUGGGCAGUGUUGUCAGACUGGUGACAUCUUUUACUCUCUGCGGGGUGGGGAAUGGUGCGAUGGGCAGUGACAUCUUAUUCUGCCAGCCUAUCACUGCAGUCAACAGAUUAUUACAGACAACACUUAAACAGAUUGUUACCAAUGGUAUUUUUAUUGUGAACCAAUGGCUAGCAUUCGGCUAAUUACUAAGCAGUGUGGGGAAAGGCUAUUCAGUGAAAUGACAUACUGAAAAGAACAUAUAGGAUCACUGUAAGUAAUGCACCUCAACCAAAAGCUGCCCAUACACCAAUCUGGCUGGUUGGAAUUAAAAUCUGGUACAGGAUGAGAGCAUUUGAAAAGGUCAACUGUCAUUUGCUCCCAUUCAUGUCAUUUGCUCCCAUCCAUUACCAGAUUUUCGUUCCAACCGGCCAGAUUGGAAGAUAGAUCUUUUGGUGUAUGGGCAGCUUAACAGUUGCUUUUCUCAUAAGCCA